CUAUGCUUUAUAAAAUAAGUGUCAUCUGUCGUAAAAAAAUUGAUUGUAAUAUAUGGCUCAUUUACUAUAACAAAGUCUACUGAAGUCAUUGAUGAUUUGUGUGUGUUGACAGACGAGAAGACUGUGAUAGUGAAGAAGGGAGAUGAUGUCACGCUUCACACUGAUGUUGAUAUGGAGGAUAUAAGUCAGAUCCUGUGGACGUGUGAAGGUCUAGAUGCUCGUAUCGCUGAAAUCAGAGACGGGACCAGAGAGACGUUUGAUGCUGCUGAUGGGAGAUUCAGAGACAGACUGAUGCUGGAUGAGACUGGAUCCCUGACCAUCAGAAACAUUGAAAAAGGACACGCUGGAGUCUAUAUACUACAGUUCGAGCGCAACUACGGAAGAAGAUGGCCCUUAUACAAAAGAUUCAAUGUUAUUGUCAAUGACAGGACUAUAUCAGUGAUGGAGGGAGAUGAUCUCACUCUAAAUUCUGAUACUGAAUUAAACAAAGAUAAGCAGGUAAAGUGGCUGUUUGGAGGUAUCAGCUCUAUAAAGGCUCACAUAGCUGAAAUCAGUGGAGAGACCGGAGAGAUCUUUACAUAUGAGGGUAAGGCUGAUGGGAGAUUCAGGAACAGACUGAAGCUGGAUCCUCUGACUGGAUCUCUGACCAUCAGGAACACUGGUCCUGAACACUCUGGAUUCUACGAAUGCCAGAUCAAAAAGGGCGGAGGGUCUAGCCACAUGAUAUUGAUGGUUUCUAUCAGUGAGAGGACGAUCUCAGUGGAGGAGGGAAAGAAUGUCACACUAGAGAUUGAUUCAGAAAUACAGAAGGAUGAUCAGAUUCUGUGGAUGUUUGGAGCUGAAGAGACUCUCAUAGCUCAAAUCAAAGGAGAGAACAGAGAGACGCAUGAUGUUGCUGAUGAGAGAUUCAGAGACCGACUGAAGCUGGAAGACUCUGGAUCUCUGACCAUCAGUAACAUCACAACUGAACACACUGGAGCCUAUAAAGCUCAGAUCAUCAGCCGGGGAACAACCUCAUACAAGAAAUUCAAGGUUGCUAUGCUCGCGGAGUAUGUGCCAGUGAGGAAGGGAGAUGAUGUUACGCUACACACUGACUCUAAAAUCCAGAGAAGCGAUCAGAUACGGUGGAUGUUUGGAGAUAAGAAUCUCAUAGCUGAAAUCAAAGAAGGGACCGGAGAGAUGGCUACAUAUGAUGAUGUUCUGGAGGGGAGAUUCAGAGGCAGACUGAAGCUGGACGAGCAGACCGGGUCUCUGACCAUCACAAACUUCAGAACAGAUCACACUGGACUCUAUAAAAUGAAGAUCAGCAGAAGCGCCGGAAAGUCCAAGAACAAGAGUUUUGAUGUUUUUGCCAGAGUGGCGAUGGUAUCAGAGGAUGAGGAGAUGAACGAAAAUGGAGUAAAUGAAUCUUUGACUGUAGUGAAGUCGCUGCUUAAUGGAGAUAAUCUGGAUCUAGUGAAUGAGCAAAACUAACAUCAUCAAUAUUUGAGCUCCAGCUACAACAAUGCAACAUAUUUCUGGCCUUUUUGAGCCUCUGGAAUUCGUCCAGAGAAAGUAAGAGUUGAUCCGUGUCCUUUGGUUUUACAUGAACUGGGAAAUGUACUGAUAGAACCCAUCCCAGACAACAAGCAGUUUCAGCCCAGAUCCGGCCCACACAUGGAUUUCACACGGGCCAGAUGUGGGCCGGAUCUGGGCCAAAACAAGAUCAUAUAUGGCUUUUAAAUAUAUAUAUAUUACCACAGCAGUAUUUCUCUAACCAUUGUAUGUGCUCUCUUAUGUAACAAUUAACACCAGGUAAAUAUUCAUGUUUAGUUUUGGGGUCAGAACACAUGACCUUCUCGUCAUGUGUAGAAAUUCAUCAGACUGUGUGAGACGAUUCAGAAACAUCUCUGACCAUCAAUGCAUCCAACACUUAUGUUGUUGAAACUAAUCAACUACUUAUUUUACUUUUAAAUUGUGAUUGUUGUACCUUUUGUCUACUGUAUUAAGUGAACUUAAAUGUUAUCUAAAGAUAUGUUCUGAAGUGAACCAGAAGUGAACUGGAUGUGAAUGUAGAAGUGAAUCAUAUCUGAAUGUGUAUUCAUGCCGAAGCACUUAAAUUAGCCUUUGAUCUUAAAAAAAGAAAUAAAGAAUUAUUUCUGUCCUCUAGAUACAGUUAAAAAAACAACAACUUAAAACUACAAUUAUUCUUUAGUUGUGUUAGACAUACUGUAAUAAUGGUUUCAACUGGAAUAUUGCAGGUUCAUGACAAUUUUAGAAAAGUAAAGUUGCUCAAGCCAAGAACAGGCUUCAUAGAUGCACUUCAUCUUAACAUACUCCAAAUGACAGUAGAAGUUUAAAAAAAGCUUUGAGUAAAGAACCCAAUUUUAUGCAUAUUUUUUAUAAUAAGGCCUCAUUGCUUAUUGUAAUUUGUGAAUAAAACACUAUGAACACUCA